AUGAGCACCGAAAGGCAGGGGGUAACGGUUAGGGACCUCGUCGAGGAAGCUAAGAAGCGGAUUGUUUUUCUGAUCAUAUGCGUGGUUGGACUGUCCUAUCUCAUGUCUUUAACAAGCUCCUCUGUCUUGGUCAACUUGCCUGCUGCUGCCUUCUUAAUAGUCAUCCUUCGCUACUUGUCCCUGGAUUUUGACAUGCGGAGGAAAGUUGCAGCAUACCAAAGCAAACCAUCCUCAGCAAGUCUUUCUUCUCAGAGGAAACCUCUUGAGGGUCCUAAAGUUGUCAUUGACAAGUCUGAUUGGAGAAGGAAAGUAAAUUCCCCUGUUGUUGAGGAUGCAAUAGAUCAGUUCAGCAGACAUUUAAUUUCUGAGUGGGUGACAGAUCUAUGGUACUCUCGCAUAACUCCUGAUAGACAAGUUCCAGAAGAGCUAGUGCAGAUCAUUAACGGUGUGCUGGGAGAGGUUUCAUGUCACGUGAGAAAUAUUAAUCUUAUAGAUCUUCUAACAAGGGAUAUCGUCCAUCUUCUUUGUACCCACUUGGAGCUCUUCCGUGCAAGUCAGGCAAAGAUUGAGAAGCAGUGGUCGAGAUUGCUGACCAUAGAACGUCGAGACAUGGAAUUAAAGUCUGUGCUGGCCACAGAUAACAAAUUGCACCCUGCAUUAUUUUCUACUGAAUCUGAGCAUAAGGUUCUGCAGCUUCUUAUGGAUGGUCUCAUUUCUGUCACAUUCAAGCCAGAGGAUAUGCAGUGCUCUUUAUUCCGCUAUAUUGUCAGGGAGCUUCUUGCUUGUGCUGUAAUGCGACCCGUUUUGAACUUAGCUAGCCCAAGGUUCAUAAAUGAAAGGAUUGAAUCUCUAGUUAUGUCUUCUUUAGACAAGGCUGAUAAAGGAGCUACUACAUCACAUUCCAAACCAAACGGAUCUUCUAAAAUGUCAACAGAUCGCUUUACUCGGUUUUUAGAUCCUUCUGCGAAGGGUGUUGAACUUGUGCAGUUAAAGAAGGAUCAAUCUGAAACUGCUGCUGGGAAACCUGGAACAGACAAUGUGAAUGGAAUGCUUCUUUCAAAGGAUCCGUUGCUUUUCAUUGAUCCUCGAUCAACACGUUCUUGGAGUUCUUUGCCCUCAGAAUCCCCCAAUGGUAAUGGAGGUUUACAACAACACCACUCUGGAGGAGAAUGGGGGGAUAUGCUAGAUAUAAUUUCUCGUAGAAAGACUGAAACCCUGGCUCCGGAGCAUUUUGAGAAUAUGUGGACAAAAGGAAGAAACUACAGGAAGAAGGAAGGUGAGUGUCGGUUGACGGAUCCAGCUCCACGAAAUUCUUCUGCAGGGAUAUCUAAAACAAUGGAUCAAACUAGGCACAAGGAAAAAUAUGGUGCAACUAAAGGUAGUUCCCUUGAGAGUAGCGCUCCUCUUUCUGGAUGUAAUGUACGUGCUGCAGCAGAUAACUUACUACGACAUAGUGAUCGGAACAUAUCAAGUUACCCUCCAGUUAUUUCAGAAGAAGACGAUGAUGAACACAACAACAUGCAUUUAGACGAGGUUGAAUCAGGGAGCAGUAGUGGUUAUACGACCGAAGAUGAUGAAAACAGCAGUGUGACAGGUCUUGAUUCUCCUGGUGUCAAGGUUUGGGAUGGUAAAAAUAAUAGAAAUGUUUCUGUCUCUCACAUUCAUCAUCCACUUGAAAUUUCUGAAGGCCGCAAGACAAGAAAGACGCACAAAGGGCAUGCCAACUCUCAACAUUUAGCCAUAACAGAGUCUGGAAGAAAAAGGUCCAGAUUAAGCAGUCAGGAGGUGCAUGUCUGGCAAGAGAUUAGAAGAACAAGCUUUUUAUCCGGAGAUGGGCAGGAUAUUUUGAAGUCUUCUAAAGCAAACGUCAAAUCUGACACUAGUGAUGAGUCUGAAACAGAAAUGUUGGGCAGAAUUCGCAGUGGAGCAACUGCUUCACCAUCUGUUUCUUCUGUGUCUACACCUGAAAGUCAUGGUUUGGCUGCUAAUCCACCAAAACAUUCGUUUUUGGCAGAUACUUUUUUAAAGUUAAGAUGCGAGGUAUUAGGUGCCAAUAUUGUGAAGAGUGGCUCCAAAACAUUUGCAGUUUACUCUAUAUCUGUUACGGAUGUAAAUAACAAUAGUUGGUCUAUCAAAAGAAGGUUUCGACAUUUUGAGGAGCUGCAUCGACGUCUUAAAGAGUUUCCAGAAUAUAAUCUUCAUUUGCCACCCAAGCAUUUUCUGUCAACUGGUCUAGAUGUGCUUCUCAUCCAAGAACGUUGUAAAUUGCUUGACACAUACUUGAAGAAACUUCUGCAGCUCCCUACUAUUUCAGGAUCUAUUGAAGUUUGGGACUUCCUUAGUGUUGAUUCUCAGACAUAUGUUUUCUCAAAUUCUUUAUCUAUCAUUGAAACAUUGUCAGUUGACCUAGAUGACACGGGACAUGAAAAGAGUGAAGAUGCUGGUAAUAUCAUUAGGCCUGCGAUUGAUCUAUUAUCCUCGAGGAGAGGGCAAAUGAAUGCUGAAGGCAAGAAGUCUGCAUCACAGAUGAAGCAUGACUGUGUGGCUGAUGUGUCAAGACUGAAUAAAAAUGGUGCAACUCUUUCUCCACCUAAAAGGAUUGCAAAGGAGUACAGAAGACCAUUUGAGGAUUCUAGUAGUGACUCCGACAAUGUGGUGCAAAAGAAUAUUUUUCCCACCAAAAACUCGGGGAAGACUACAAAAGGAGGUGAUAGUGAUGAUCUACAUGGAUCACCUGAGUUGCUUAUGGAUGCUGCUGCUGAUCCAGCUCUCCCUAGCGAGUGGGUGCCGCCGAAUUUAAGUGUCCCCAUCUUGGAUUUGGUUGACGUCAUUUUCCAGCUUCAAGAUGGUGGAUGGAUCAGGCGUAAGGCUUUUUGGGUGGCCAAACAGGCAUUACAGCUGGGAAUGGGUGAUGCUUUUGAUGAUUGGUUAAUUGAGAAAAUCCAGCUUCUGCGUAGGGGAUCUGUGGUUGCUUCGGGGAUCAGGCGCGUUGAGCAGAUACUUUGGCCUGAUGGAAUAUUCAUCACAAAGCAUCCAAAGCGACAACGACCAACCCCCUCAGCAAACCCAUCCCCCCAUAGUUCCACUCGUGUACUACCUCCACCAACGCCAUCUUCAACUAAGAUAGAGGAUACCCAGAAACUUGAUGAGAUAACACAAAAGGAAGCUGAAAGGCGUGCGAAAUUUGUGUAUGAGCUAAUGAUCGACAAUGCCCCAGCUGCUAUUGUCAGUCUUUUUGGUCGUAAGGAGUAUGAGCAAUGUGCAAAGGAUCUGUAUUACUUCCUCCAGUCGUCCGUUUGUCUGAAGCAACUAGCUUUUGACCUUCUCGAGCUGCUGCUCUUGUCUGCAUUUCCAGAAUUGGAUGAUGUCUUCAGGCGGUUGCACGAGGAAAAAGAAAAGUUUGGAGAGGUCAAACAGGAUUAA